UGAAGCUUCCACAUUUGACGGCCACAGAGGGAGAAGGCAAAUCAGCCUUUUUCUCUCGUUUUCGUUUCUCCCUUUCCCCUGAAGAUUUCGUCUUUAUUAUCUUUUGUUAUCUGGGGAACACGAAGCAAGACGAAGGAAGUCAAACGCCACCAUUUCUAAGAUGGUGGAAAUUCUAACAGAGGCUCAGUUUCACUGUGGCUAGAUUGCAUGUGGCUAGAUUGCAUCUCGAAAAUGGGGAUGCUCAAAAGUAUUCUUGUUUAAUAGACAUUGUGGUAUAUUCUGGGUUUCCUGGUGUGUUGAAGGAUGAUACUUUAUGGAGAAGCUGAAAGAAAAAUGGAAGGCUCAGUUUUUUUGUUUCCGUUAAAUAGUUUAGUGAGUCUAUGUGGAAUUGUACAAGACUAAGGGUGACUUUUGAAUAAGUAAUGUACAAAGUUUGACAGAGAGGUAUACAUCUUUGUGGUGAAGAGAGCUAUAUGGCUAAUUAAAUGUAAUUUUUCUUUUUAAUUCAUAGCUUGGUUACACGACCAUGCAUGAACCUUAAUUACCGCGUUGGUGGCUCCGUUGACAUAUUUCUGGUGAGAGAUAUCAGACAAUGAUUCGUGCAAAGCACAUCAGUAAUCUUUCCAGUUCAGCAAGAUCCUUUUUUAUCAGUGGGACAAGAUCUAGUGCAGCUGAUGGUAAUUCUUGUACAUCCGCCGAGGAUGAAAGCUGCGUCUUGAGACGCCAGCAAACUAGGACUGAAGUUGUACAGACUGGGAAAAGAGCAUCUAAUUUAGCAGCUGGACUAGCGGGAAAUAUAUUACCAGCAGAGACUAGUAAACCGACCAAGGUUGAGCAUUUCACUAGACCAUCUCUUCUUCCCCAACAUGUUUCUUCUCCUGUUUUGCCGAUGAAAUCAGAUUCUGUAAACCAUGUUUCCGCUAUUGUUGAAGAAGACGCGGUAGCAACUAUUGGGGAUCAGAUUUUCAAGGCUGGUAUUGGAACUGUAAAUUUCCUGUCGGAUAUAGCAAGCUACAAGAUCCCUCUAUCCGGUGGAACCGAAGUUGUUGGUUUGCCUAAAAGCCGUAUGGUUGAUCCCACUAGGCCUAUUUCAAGUGUUAAAUCUUCAAAUGUGAAAGUCAUCAGAAGAGAGCACCUUGCUAAAGUCUACCCUAGGUCCGCUUCAAAAGAUUCACCAGACCAAGUUCAUGUAAACAACUCUCGUGGUACUAAAGUAGCUGAAAGAUCUGGCUUUGUCAAAGGCUUGAACCACGCUUCAAAUGAUGUGGCAGGGAAUCCGUUUGAAGCUCAGGGUUUACCCACAAAUACUGCAUCUGGAAAGAGGAAAAGCAUGCCGCAAAGACCCAGUAUUGAUUCCAGGCAUGCGUCGGGUGGUUAUGACUAUAAUGUGCAUUCUUCUGUUGAAGGUUUCAGUAAACCCUCAAGGGAAAUGGUGAGAGUGACACCAGGUACCGCUCCAACACCUAGGCAGUAUGGUAACUCUGGAUAUGUGGUAGAAAAUGUUUCUAGUAUAUUGCGGAGAUUCAAAUGGGGCCCUGCUGCUGAAGAGGCUCUUCAAAGUUUUGGUUUCAGGAUGGAUGCAUAUCAAGCAAACCAAGUUCUUAAACAGAUGGAUAAUUAUGCCAAUGCGCUUGGUUUCUUCUAUUGGCUAAAAAGACAACCUGGAUUUAAGCAUGAUGGGCAUACUUAUACCACUAUGGUAGGUAACCUUGGCCGUGCAAAGCAAUUUGGAGAGAUAAACAAGCUUCUCAACGAGAUGGUUAGCGAUGGAUGUCAGCCAAAUACCGUUACGUAUAACCGGCUUAUCCAUAGCUAUGGCCGCGCAAAUUACCUCAAUGAAGCUAUGAAUGUUUUCUAUCGAAUGCAAGAGGCUGGAUGUGAGCCUGACCGUGUGACUUACUGUACCCUUAUUGACAUCCAUGCUAAAGCUGGAUUUCUUGACAUUGCCAUGGACAUGUACCACAGAAUGCAAGCAGCGAGGCUUUCUCCUGAUACUUUCACCUACAGUGUUAUAAUAAACUGUCUUGGAAAAGCGGGGCAUUUACCUGCUGCCCAUAGGCUCUUUUGCGAGAUGGUUGGUCAAGGUUGUACCCCUAACUUGGUCACAUUCAACAUCAUGAUAACUUUGCAUGCCAAGGCGCGGAACUAUCAGAGCGCGUUGAAGCUCUACCGAGACAUGAAAAAUGCUGGGUUUCAACCCGACAAAGUGACAUACAGUAUAGUUAUGGAGGUGCUUGGACACUGUGGAUAUCUCGAGGAAGCAGAGGCUGUUUUCACAGAGAUGCAGUGUAAGAGCUGGGUUCCUGAUGAACCGGUUUACGGUCUUUUGGUGGACUUGUGGGGAAAAGCUGGCAACGUGGAAAAAGCUUGGCAGUGGUAUCAAGCAAUGCUUCACGCAGGUCUGCGACCUAAUGUUCCCACAUGCAAUUCCCUUCUCAGUACUUUCCUAAGGGUUCAUAGGCUGUCUGAAGCCUAUAGUUUAUUACAGAGCAUGCUGGCGCUUGGUUUGGAGUCUUCUUUGCAGACAUACACAUUGCUCUUAAGUUGUUGCACAGACGCUCAGUCAAACUUUGACAUGGAUUUCUGUGGCCAGCUAAUGGCAGUCUCAGGUCAUCCGGCACACAUGUUUCUCCUUAAAAUGCCAUCUGCAGGUCCUGAUGGCCAAAAGGUGCGUGACCAUGUCAGCAAUUUCCUUGAUUAUAUGCACAGCGAGGACAGAGAGAGUAAGCGGGGACUCAUGGAUGCAGUGGUGGAUUUUCUGCACAAGUCAGGUCUAAAAGAAGAGGCGGGCUCGGUCUGGGAAGUGGCUGCAGUUAAGAAUGUGUACCCAGAUGCAUUGAGGGAGAAAAGCUGCAGCUAUUGGCUUAUAAAUCUACAUGUAAUGUCAGAAGGCACUGCAGUCACCGCCUUAUCUAGGACACUUGCAUGGUUCCGUAAGCAGAUGUUGGUUUCAGGAGAAUGUCCUUCACGGAUUGAUAUAGUAACUGGUUGGGGAAGACGAAGCAGGGUCACGGGCACGUCAAUGGUAAGACAAGCAGUUGAGGAACUGCUCAACAUCUUCAACUUCCCGUUUUUCACUGAGAAUGGAAACUCAGGGUGUUUUGUUGGAUGCGGAGAGCCUCUCAAGAAUUGGUUGCUUGAAUCAUAUGUGGAGAGGAUGCAUUUGCUCUAGUUGUAGAUUAGUUGUUUUGUUUUCUUCUUCUUAACGCCUAUUGAUUUAUGAAUCUUUCAAUGGAUCUCAGUGGCUUGGUUUUGUAUGUCGUAAGUUUGAGUUUAAAGGUUAGUGAUGACUGGAAUUUAUCUCCAGAUUUUUGUUAUUUAUCUCCUUUUGCAAUGGGUUGUAAUGGGAAUAUAUAAAUCAAUCUUUCAGGGUGAUGAGACCCGAAUUUA